AGCACAUGAAGUAAGGUAUAAAAAUGGUCUAAACUAAAAGAAAAGCCUCUCCACAAACUCUCCCUUUACCUCACCUUGACAUCAGAAUAACAUGGUUUGUGACAAAUGCGAGAAGAAGUUGGGCGUAUCCGUUACACAGGACACAUGGAAAAGUGGAUCCAGGAGCACUGUGGCUUCAGAUUCGGGGAAACAAAAACUGACGGAGAACAAAUAUUUGACACGAGCGAAAGGGAACAGAUUCGACCCGACGAAAGCUAACUUUAAACAGUGCAGGAUAUGCAGAGUUGCUACACAUCAUCCCAAAGCUAAUUACUGCCAGGCGUGUGCGUACAAGAAGAGUAUUUGUUGUAUGUGCGGUAAAACUCUGAUGUCCACAAAGAACUACAAGAUGUCGAGUACUUGAGGUAUCCUAGCUGUUACUGAUCUACAACCAGACUCUCCGAAUAUCGAGGAACAAGGUGUGACGUCAUGGUACGUAAUCUCCGAUCGAAAUGAAUGAAGUCCACGGAUCGCUAAAACAACCUUGUUUAAUGUUAGGCAGUGUAACUGUUUAUUGUAACUGACCAACUAUAUUGUGAUGUACAGGAUUUGUAAAGUUUUAUACAGCUUUUAGUCUAGAAAAGAGUAAGGACUGUAUCAGGAUGAAUUUUGUUUUAAAUAUCCCUUAUUUGAACCUGUUGUAUCAGAAAUUUUGUGAGCAAUAUCAUUCGCAUUUACGAUCUUGAAGAUAAGAAUAACUUAUUGUAAAUAUUUUAUUUGACUUUCACUGUUACAAUUGCAGUAUUACCAGGAAGAUUUAUAAGAAUUUUGUUCUUUCCAAAAUUUGCUGUAAUAAUAUUUAUGUUCCCUCCCUUGGUUG